ACACCAUUACAACAAAAUUUAGCUACAGAUCAAAUUUUGAUACAAACCCAUGUUUUAAUAGGUGAUUUAAUCCAAUUAGAUAAUAUACCAUCAUUACCUAUUCAAAGCUCAGACAAUAUUUCUUUGAAUUUACCUCAAAAUGAUACAGAAUG